CACGCACGGCGACGACGACGAUACCACGUCGCAAAAGUCACCCUCGUCCCGUCCUCAAAUCCCCCACGCCUCCUCAUUCCCCCCCCCCCAUUGGGGAUGCUCGUUCGGGCCGGAUCACGAACAUUCGGAGCGCUACUCAGGCGAGCCGCCGCCGUCCACGCCAUGGCCACUCCCGACGUCGAGGCAGCCGCCCCCGCGGCGCCGCUGCCAGCACCUCAGUCCGCCGCAUCAUCAUCAUCAUCAUCACCACCAGCAGCAGCGCCGUCUUCGUCGCGGCUGCCACCGGCCCCAGCACAAGUGCGCUCAGCGUCUCCGUCGCCGCCAUUGAGCGCCGAAUCCAACCCCCGGCGCAAGCAGAAGCAAACGCUCACCCAGCGCCCCAAGCACGAGGGCACCGCCCUCCCGGACCCCGACGUGCCGCUCAUCACGCCCGUCGCCCCCGUCUGGCCGCCGCCGUACCACUUCGACGACGACGACGGCCUCCGCCGCGUGCGGCCCUACCACUGGACCUACAACACGUACUGCAAGGAGCGCUGGCGCGGCCGCGCCCUCAUCGACAUCUUCGAGUCCGAGUUUCGCGACCGCCCCGUCCACUACUACCGCGCCUCCAUGGAGAGCGGCGACAUUUAUGUCAACGGCCGCCGCGUCGGCCCCGACUACAUCGUCCGCAACGGCGACCUCGUCUCCCACACCCUCCACCGCCACGAGCCCCCCGUCACCGCCGACCCCGUCGCCAUCAUCCACGAGGACGACGAAAUGAUUGUCAUCAACAAGCCCUCGGGCGUCCCCGUUCACCCCGCCGGCCGCUACAAGUUCAACUCGGUCAUCGAGAUCAUGAAGGCCGACCGCGGCGCCCAGUUCAUGCCCUACCCCUGCAACCGCCUCGACCGCUUGACCAGCGGCAUCAUGUUCAUCGCCAAGAGUGUCCGCGCCGCCGAGGAGAUGGGCAACCGCAUCAAGCAGCGCACCGUCCGCAAGGAGUACAUUGCCCGCGUCGUCGGCGACUUCCCCGACGGCGAGGUCGUCUGCGACCAGCCCAUACUGCAAAUCUCUCCCAAGCUUGGCCUCAACCGCGUCAGGGCCAACGGCAAGACGGCCCGCACCGUCUUCAAGAAGCUAGCCUACUACCCGCCCACCGAGCAGGAGCUGGCGUACAUCGCCGCCACCGCCGACGACAAGGCGCAGCAGGGCGCGCACGACGACGACGACACCAACGCCACCCAUGUCGACCCGGCGGCCAAGCCGUGGCUCAGCAAACGCGGCUACUCCAUCGUCCGCUGCCUGCCCGUCACGGGCCGCACCCACCAGAUCCGUGUCCACCUGCAGUACCUGGGUCACCCCAUCCAAAAUGACCCCAUAUACGCCAACCAGCGCGUCUGGGGCUUCGACCUCGGCCAGAGCGACGCCGACGGCACGCACAACACCGACGAAGACGUCAUCAGCCGUCUGUCGCGCAUGGGCAAGGAAGAGGUCGCCCAGGCCGUCGUCUACUACGACGAGAUGGUGGACAAGUAUGAGAAGCGCCGCGCUGAGAAAAUGACGGGUGAGCUGUGCGCCGUGUGCGACACGCCGCUCUACUCGGAUCCCGGCGCCCACGAGCUCUCCCUCUGGCUGCACAGCCUGCGGUACGAGGACGCCGGAGGUGCGUGGUCCUACACCAGCCCGCUGCCCAAGUGGGCGCUGCCGCCGGAGGGCAUGGCGGGGCCUACGACGGUGGGGGGUAUGGAGGAGCUCGUCGACGCCGUCAAGGACGACAACCCCGAGAUGGCGGGGUGACGAGCCGCGCCGGCGGUGGCGGCGGCGGCGGAUCUGGGGCAACACAGUUGCCGCAGGCCGUACCCGAAGCAGCCACGACAAGGCACCACCAGACGACGGAUACGAUGCGGCUCUGCGCCGGUUCCAGAGCAAAAGCCGUAACUGCGCAGUGUCACCUGGGUCGCGCCCCAGCCAUGGACGCGCAAACCCCAUUGACCACCCAGCCCGGGCGUGGUGUCGGUCUGAAUGGAGCGACCCGCAGCAUAAAGGUCCGAAAUCGCGUCGCGGAAGCCCUGGACGGAGGAUGCGCUAGGGCGACGUGCCAGGGAUCGCAUUGCGAAACAUGCUCGCCCUUUCUCCGCCCCCCCCGCCGGGUCCCAUCGAGUUUGGCCGUCGUCUUUCAGAAGGUGUCGACUGUCAUGUCGCACCAGUACGAGCACCCUCUUGUGGCCAAUUCAAAACUUCAUCGAGGUAUGCUUCGCGUCGGAAGCCCAUGGUUGCUCACGCCUCGACUCCUUUCCCCUGGCGAGCUUGAUGCUGGCCGGGGCCUGGGCUUCUGUUGUCCCGCCCUCCUGUGUUUGUCUCGGCCAAAACUUUGCGUUCAUGAGUCGCCAGACAGAUGGAGGGCGGCUUUCUCCAAAACCAACAACGGGAGGCAAUGGCUUGGGGGAGAAGGGGGACAACAAGGCCACGGUCUGCAUGGGCCCAAGGCCCUGGAGUCAGAAGAGGCAAAAGCAGGAGAGUCAAGCGACGCCAGGGGCGGGCUCUAGGCAAGGCAGAUGGGAGGACGAUCAUCGUGCUGACGCAUUUCGCCUCCCCAAAUCCAGGAGAACACACACUCACGCGCAGCACCCGAGACCACACCUCCUGGCAAAAGGCAGUGCGAAAGACCGGCUGAUCGGGAACCAGGGAGGUGUGGCACGGUGUGGACGUAGACCUGGCAUAGACCCGGUGUAGACCUGACCUGGCCUGGCCUGGCCUGGGGGAGGACGCGUUGUCUUCGUAUGGACAUGGCCGACCGACGUGCAUGGGCAGGGCAGCUGCUUGUUAGUUGUCAUCAACCAGACAGUACGAAGCAUGCGAGGCAUGCGUGUGCGAAGCAAAACCUGAGACAUGGGUACUUGACAAUGCGGAAAGUUCUCCACGAGCAUGCUUGAUGGAUGCCGAGCCACUGGG